UAAUAGCUGAAUGCAAGCGGCGUUGGUACACUAGAAAUCUAUCUGCCUGACAGGUAGCGUCAUAAAGAACGCUGUUUGAGAUUUUUUGUCACAGUGCAUCUAUAUAAUAAUUUUUAAUCAUUUGCAAAUAAGGCAUGGCUUUAACAGAAGGCCCACCAUUCCGUUCACCAUCAGUAGAUUUAAGUUCAUACAGAGAUCAGCACUUUAAAGGGUCCAGAGCUGAACAAGAAAGACUAUUGAGAAAUUCGACGACUCUUUACAUUGGUAAUUUGUCAUUUUACACUACAGAAGAACAAAUUUAUGAAUUAUUUUCCACUUGUGGGGACAUUAAAAGGAUAAUCAUGGGUCUCGACAAAUAUAAGAAAACACCGUGUGGGUUUUGUUUUGUUGAAUAUUACACAAGACCAGAAGCAGAGAAUUGUAUGCGUUAUAUUAAUGGAACGCGCUUGGAUGACAGAAUUAUUAGAACUGAUUGGGAUGCAGGUUUCAUAGAAGGAAGGCAGUACGGAAGAGGAAAAACUGGUGGUCAGGUACGUGAUGAAUACAGAUCAGAUUUUGAUAGUGGUAGAGGUGGGUAUGGAAAAAUUCUUCAACAAAAAGUCGUUUCAGUUGAUGGAAUAUUUUAGUUUAUUUUAAAUUAAAUUUAUUCUAUAUUAUUAUAAAGCACCAAUGAAAGUAUUCAAAAUUUUGAAAAUGUUUUCAAAAAUAAACUGUAGUAUAAAUAUGUGAAUUGUGAAUAGAUAACUAUAAGAUAAUACAAGUGUAAUAAUUUGUAAUAAAACUAUAAUUAAGUUUUAACUGAUGUAAACUUUUGGUAAAUAAAUAAAAACAAAGACUGUAAAAUUAGAUGUAUCUUUUCAUUGUAAUAAAUUAACAUCAGUAGUUAAAUUGAACUAAUUCAUACACUUUCCAUAUUUUUAAUCACUUCAUUCGACCAUACUUGAAUAAAUCUAACUAUAAAUUAAUUAUCAUUCGUUUCCAUUAUUGAGUAUCCAAGAAAACACUUACAUCAUUUUAUCGUAUAAUUAAAGAAGUAACAGUUUUAAAAUUAAAAGUCUUUUAUUUAUACAUGAGUCACAGGCCUACAUUUCAAAAAAUUAGUUUUUUCAAAAUUCUUGUAGUAAAUAUAAUAGACUUAUUCUUCAUAUUAAAAUACUUCAGCAGUGAUUUUUUAAUUUGCGAUAAAGUUAAAUAUCCUCAACAAAAUCAAAUUCAUUCAAACCUUUAAUUACACAUGCACUAAUUUUUUAGAAUUCUUUCGUCCAUAAAAUUUGGAAAAUAGGUAUCCAAUAUUUACAUUUGAUUGAAUUUGUUCUUAAAUAAUCAAGAUUAAUCAGUUUUUUACUCAAAGUGUUAUGUAGCUGAUUUGAAAACAAAAUGUCUUUUUUUAUUUAAAAUAAUGUAUUUACAACUUUAAAUUUGUAUAAAAAAAUGA